CGUUGAAUUUCUUAUCACAUCAAUGAACAAAAUUUGGCUCUGAUGUGACGUGUAUUUUGAGUUUAAAUCCACAGUAGCAUUUUCUGAUAACACCAAACGAAUCUGCUUUAUUUUUGAAUUCAGCCAACUCGCCGUAAACUGCGCUGUAUCGUUGCAUCAUUUCGCCGGGUUUCGCAUUUUAUACUCUGAUACUGGUCGGCAACAUGACCUUUCCUUAAUAGCAAACACAUGUGGAAUAGCGGUUUGAAUAUGGAGCUUUUCAAAAACAGUUUUUCUUAUUGCUUAUUUCUUGGAACGUGUAUACUUUCUGUAGCCGGAAAUACUGGGCAUGACGACAAUGGAUCCACAGAAAACAAGCAGAGAAUGAAGCGGCAAAGCAGCACAGCGAUUUCCAUGCAGUCGUCUACGUAUACUUUCAGCGUAACCAGCUGCAUACCUGGAACAUCAGUUGGACAGGUAAUCGCUCGUGAUACACUGUCACGCCCAAUUUAUUACUUGAUAGACCAGCCUAACAACGACAUCGCCACCAACAUGCGAACCGGACAACUCUAUCUGAUAGACUAUCUCCGUUCCUGCAAUCUCAAAACAGUGGUCAUCCGUGCAACCAGUUUCUCGGGGAGCUCAAAUGCAACGGUGUACUACAGCUGCGGAAGUGGCUGCACCACGGGUGGCGUCUUCAGCCAGUCUACCUACACUUUCACCGUGGUCAAUUGCACCAUUGGCUCAUCAAUCGGCGCAGUUACGGCCGUCAGUUCGUCAGCCUGCACGUACAACUCCAGCGGAAGUUCUGCCGUAUACGUUGUACCGUCCACCGGUCAGUUGUACCUUAUCGGGGAAUUUACGGGUGUACAAACGAUCGCCAUCACCGCCACGUGCGGCACCAAUACAGGCCGCGCCAAUGCAACGGUCAGCAGCUCGUGUUCGGCGGCACCGGUCUUCACUCAACAAACGGGGUACACUUUUACCACCGCCAGCACAGCUGCCAACACAAUUAUAGGAAUAACGCCCGCUGUUGGCGGGACAUUAUAUACCAUUGAUGGAGGCAGUACGACGUUUGCGAUUGACCCCAACACCGGUCAGCUGCGUUCCAUCAGCACGUUAACAUGCGGUUCUACCACAAUAUACGUGCGCGCAUAUUCCGCUUCCGGAGCGUCGUCCAGGGUGCCGGUGACUGUCCGAACGCCGACAUGCACUAUACAAUUCUAUGCCAGUUUGUAUUCUUUUGUUCCGACAAACUGCUCGGCUGGCGCUUUCAUUGGACAGGUCAGCGCUAAUUCGACGGGGGCCAUCACGUAUUCCAUUGACAAUCCAACGGGCGCAUACAGAAUUGAUGCCAAUACCGGUGCUAUUUUUACGGUGGGCACAGUCGUAGCCGGCACCCUCACGGUGCGCGCCCGCUCCGGUACCGUGACCACCACCGUUCCAGUGACCAUCAGCCGGGGCAGCUGCGUGGCAAGCGGUACGGCCCCUGUAUUCGGUGCGCAAAGCUGCACUUUCACAACCGCCACCUGUGUUACCGGCUCGCAAGUGGCCCAGAUCUUCGCCACCAGUCCCAGCGGCAGUGAUCCCAUUCAAUACUCCAUCCAAGGCGGCAGUGCCAUCUUCGCCAUGAACACAGUCACCGGCGCCCUCACCGCCCAAGUGGCCCUCAACACCGUCACACCCACCACACAGACCGUAGUGGUGGCCGCCACCGACUCCGCCUCCCGCACCUCCACCACCACUGUCACCGUCGUCCUGAACUGCGCCGCGGGACUGGCCUUCAGCAGCAGUUCGUACUCGUUUACGGCCACGGGCACGCAGUGCACCAGCAGCGCUACCAUCGGGACGGUGACGGCGACGAGUAACACGGGGUCACCCAUUACGUACCAGAUUCAGACCGGCAUUCCGGCCUUCGCCGUCGACCCGACCACCGGGGCCGUCACAGCGCAGGUGGAUAUUACCACCGUGGUCACGACUCCUCAGACCAUGAUCAUACGAGCAACGGACACUAAUGGGGCCAGAACAGCGACGACUACCGUGACCAUUACUCCUUCGUGUGGAGGCACGGGUGGCACGCCGACCGGUGGCGGCGGGGCUCCACCGGGAGCAGAUAUUGGGUAG